UUUACUUUUGUCCAUUGUCCAUUUUUGCACGCCGCAAUUUUUGUUCAACUCACAUCACCAUAACCAUCUCCAACGUUUUUCACGAAAAUUAAGUCUUCCGCAAAAUGAGCAAACCCGAUGAAGCAUGUCCACCCCAAACAAUACCGGAGUCAAGUUCAAUUCCUGCUUCUAAUACACCUCAACUCAGUAUUGAUUUGCCAUGCGAGGAUAAGUCGCACGGAAAACAUGAUGUCAACGAUUUGUCAGUACGUUCGCGUAUGACUACAAACGAAGGCGACUCAGCACGUUCGAGAAUGAGCGAACACCCUGAAGUCACCUCACGCUCUAAAGUCUCAAUAAUGGAUCACACUCAAACACGUUUCAAUGCUUCACCGAAGCAUAGUCAUAUGGGUGCUGGUGAUGUGGCCUCGCAAACGCGUCGUGAAACUGGAGUAAAUUCAGAUAGACCAUAUUCAGGUUCGAAAGUGUCACCAUCCCGCAGUAAGCGUAAAGAAGUGUUGGAAGUUUGCGACAACCGUGCACCACCUGUACCAACGCCACGCAAUCCCAUUACCGGUUUGGGUUUGGGUGAAGAUGGUGUUGGAGGCAUAAAGCCGAAGAAACCGAAGGAUCGUCGAGAUGGCAAUCCUGUCACAGGCGAGGGUUAUAAGCCUAGCAAUUCGUUUAACAAUUCAGUACCCAGUCUGAAUGGUGCCAAUCAGGUCAUCAACAAGAAUCGCAUUCCACCAGGUGGAUUCUCGUCAGGUCUCUGGUAAAUACAGUUUAUCGCCUGUGUAUUGUUCGUCCGCCUGAGGAAAAAAUCAACAACAGAGAAGCGAGGGUCUGAGAUGAAGUGAUGAAACCGAUAAAUAAUAAAAAGCAAAUAAAUAACACACAACCAAUACACACAAACAAAAACAACUAAACUAACCGAUCAUCAAACCACAUACGAUAAUUACUGAAAAGUUAAAAAAGCAGUGAAUCCUGCAAAUUUUUAUAGCGAUAAAACAACCGAUGGAUUGAUGGAUGAAUGGAUGGCUGCGGUGCGGUGCGGUGCGGUGCGAUUGAUAUUAUUAACAAAGUGGGGCAGGCAGAUCGAGAAGAAGCAGGAAGAAAGAAAGAAAACUGUCAUUGAAAUAAAGAAGUUUUCCAUUACGGAAAAACGGUAGAAUUGAUAGAAAGAAUUCAGAGAAUUGAAGAAUACAAAAAUAAUUAGUAUUUAAGCUAAUCAAGCAAAAAUUUGUAAACACAAAAACACAUGCUACAUACAAACACGAACACAAAUAUACGCCAACACUGUUAUACAGAAAGCAAAAAAAAAAAAUACAAAUAAAGACCUUUUAGCGAAACAGUUAUAUGGUUACGCACGCAUGCGAUGGAUUCCAAAAUAAACGUCACAAAACCUGCUCCUGAAGAAACUGGCAAACGACGACGGAUAGAAAGAAAAAAUACGAACAAGAGUUAUGCAAUCAAAAAAUAAAUGCGGCAAACAAUUUUUUUAGAGGAAAAAGGAAAAUUAAUAUAAAAAUAAAAUUGAAGCAAUAUUUGAGCAAAAAUGCAAUUACAUGAAUUAAUGACAACUCUUCUAUGUAAUAAUAAUAAUAACAACAACUCUUCUACAAGUAACAAAUGUUCAUAGCAAAAUUGAGUUUUAUGCACUCAAGCAUAAAAUUUUUAAUUUUCCAAAACUAAAAGCGCAAACAACCAUACAAACUGCAUGGCAUUUGGCAUUUUCGUACCACAAUCAUCAACACAAUCGACAUUCCCAAACACAUCAAAUCAAAUUUUUACUUGCAAGCUCUGGAAAUUGCUCCUAGCUUUUGUAUUUGUAUCCUCAUUUAUUCCUCAUCAACACUAACAAACAUAUAUAUGUACGUACAUAUGUAUAUGUCACAUAAACACACGAAACCUUAACGUGUACGAAAAGUGCUCAUCAACGAACUGCAGCUCGAAACAAGAACAACAACAACUCAACGAACUUAACAAACGACGACGUCAAUAUAGACGAUUGGCAGAUGUUGCUUUAGAAACUAAAAACAAAAAAAAAACAAUUAUUUUAAAUAAAAGUAUUUGCUCAAUUUAAAGCUGCAGUUUGUCAGAAAAUUAAAAGAAGUAAACAAUUAUAAAUUACGUACAACAACUGCGUGUGCAUAAAUCUCUUUAGCCGUUUCUUGAAACCAGCCCCGUUUAUAAAUAUUUUGGCGCAGCCCCAACUAGGCGCAAAAAUCUUGAAUUCUACAAACAAUGCAAAAACUCAUCGCUCAAGUGUAGCACCUCCUUCUAACUAUCUGCCAACAAAUACACAAAUACAUACAUCCGUAUCCACAUCCACAUCCACAUCAACAUUAAUGAACUGAAGAAUUAUAAGCUAGCAACAACAACAACAAUGAAAUAUUAAAAUAUUAAUCACUACAUCGUAAUUAAAAACAACAUCAAAAAUCGACAGAAAAAUAUGAAAAAAGUAUAUAUAAUAAAAAAAAAUUCUUCAUACCAUCAUUCAUACAUACAUACUACAUACUCACUCACAAACAUACAUUUAACCAAUUGAAUUCAUUUCUACAAUAUUUGAGAUCUUACAUAAUUAAUUAAUAAUCAUAAAAUGCCUAUGAUUUGCAUUCAUUUAUAUUAAUUAAUAAUUAUAAUUAUGUUCUCCUAAUAUAUAUUUUAUAUCUAUGUAAACGAUACAACAACAAAAAAACCAAUCAAAUAUUACAUUACAUUACGUAUGUAUAACUUAAUAAUAUUAAUUUCAAGUACUUGUAAAAUGCAUGAUUUUACCAAGAUUCUAAAAAUGAACUUUUUUGAGUGAAAGCUAUCUGUUUCCAAAUUAUAAACUCUUAUCACAAAAUAUUUCUGGAACAAUUUUUGCAAUUAUUACUAAAUUAUCAUUUAAUCUAAUAACGUCGCAUACAUACUACAUAUAUACAUACUCGUAUAUUUGUAUAUCCAGUUGUAAUAAAAUAGUAAUGAAUUGAAUUAAAAUACCAUACCAACAUGCAUACAUACGUCUAAAACCCACACACAUUGAUAUACACAUACAUACAUACAUGAACACAUUUGUAAAAAAAUUUUAAACAAAAUUUGUUUAAUAAAUUUCGUAUAUUGAAAAAUUCACUUAAAAAUAAAAA